CUCUUUCCGCUCGGGCCGACAUUAAACCUCCGGCGGCUUCUUGUGUCUCUGACGGUUUUCGGUCGCUUCCAACAUGUUGCAGCUCGACAUGUUGCGGCUGUUCGUGGACCAGCGACUCACCGCGCUCACCGACGACAUUUUCUGGCGUUUUGCCAAAACGAUCGCGGAGUAUGAAGGCGAGAUUUUCCGGUUAAAACAGGAGGUCGACCGACAGCGAGGACUGCUGGAGACGGCUGGACGACCGGGGGACAGACCGGCGGGUGUUCUGCACGUUGUCACCACAGAAGAAGAGCAGCAGGUGAGGGGGCGGGGCUUCAGGUCCCACAAUAAACAGGAAGAGAGUGGAGCUUCAGGACCAGAGGGGACAAAUACCAAGUUCACACAGAGUCCUGAUUGGCUGGGAGAGAGACCUGACACAGACCAGAGUCCCUCAUCCAAUGAAAUCCAGUCCUGCACAGAGGAGGCGGGACCUCGCCCUGCUGUUAACAAACAGGAAGUGCUCAGUGUCAAACAGGAAGUGGGCGAGGGUUACAGGAUGACGGAGGCUGCAGUCAGAGCAGAGAUCAGCUCCCAGCAGGAAGGUGUUCUGCACACUUUCACCACAGAAGAAGAGCAUCAGGUGAGGGGGCGGAGCUUCAGCCUGCACAUCAAACAGGAGGAAGGUGGAGCUCCAGGACCAGAGGGGACUGACAUCAAGGACACACAGAGUCCUGAUUGGCUGGGAGAGAGACCUGACACAGAGCAGAGUCCCUCAUCCAAUGAGAUUCAGUCCUGCAGAGAGGAGGCGGGACCUCGCCGUGCUGUUAACAAAGUGCUCAGUGUCAAACAGGAAGUGGGCGAGGGUUACACGAGGAUGGAGGCUGCAGUCAGAGCAGAGAUCAGCUCCCAGCAGGAAGGUGUUCUGCAGGUUUUAACCACAGAAGAAGAGCAGCAGGUGAGGGGGCGGAGUUUCAGUCUGCACAUCAAACAGGAGGAAGGUGGAGCGCCAGGACCAGAGGGGACUGACACCAGGUUCACACAGAGUCCUGAUUGGCUGAUGGACAGCUACGAGGAUGAGGGCAGUUCUUCAUCCAAUCACAUCCAAUCCCACAGAGAGUUAGACCCUCUGAUAAGACCAGAACCUGGAGGGGGUUGUAUACCUAUAGACCACAACAUGGACUCUCUCAUCCAAUCAGAGUCAUGUACUGAAGACAGUGACGAUGCCCAGAUGGAACCUGGUAUCCAGAAUACUUGGGGAACUGGGACCCGGCCUCCUGUAAACCAGAAGCUUCUGGUCUGCGGCAGCUGUGGCCGAGAGUUCAGCUCAAUGCGAACUCUGAGGAAACACAUUAGACGAAAUACAUCUCAGGACCAGCACCAGAUGUCCUGCAGCCUCCGCAGACAAAAGGCCCCCUUUCAGAGUCCUGCCAAGUCCUUCAGUUGCAAAAUCUGUAGAAGUUCCUUCUACACGCAGGGGAUUCUGGUCCGGCAUGCCAUGAAUCACUGCAAAGAGCCAGAGAGCCGGUGCGGGGCCUGUGGGGACUUUCUGGAGUCCACCGAGAUCCUAAGAGACCACCUGCAGUCACACAAAGAGCUGGGUAGCACCUGUGAUGUGUGCGGGAAGAAGUGCAGCUCCAUCAAGAGGAUGGAGAUCCACAAACGGGUCCACACUGGAGAGAAACCAUACAGCUGCGGGUUCUGCACCCGAAAGUUCAGCAGGAAGGAGAGUCUGGAUAGACACCUGAAGAUCCACAGCGGGGACAGACCACAUUGCUGUGGACACUGCAGGAAGACCUUCACCAGGAGGGAGUAUCUGGUCCAACACCUGAAGACCAACCACACAGAAAGACCAGGUCCACCUCCAGGGACCAAGCCCUUCAUCGUGGCACUUUGACUUCAGCAGGUGGUGGGAAAAUAAUUUAUAAAGCUGAUCUGAACCAGACCAGUUUCUCAGCAGCCAGACCCUGAACUUCAGUUGAUCCCAUAAAAUUAAACAGUUCUGAUGACUAAUUGAUCUUUUGCAGCGUCAGAUUUUUGGUAAAUCUUCAUUUACUGACUUAAAUAGGUGUGAUUUCAGCUCCAGUCCAGAACAGUCCAGUUGCGGUGGACUGUGGCAUAUUAAAGGUUUUUAAAGGCUUUCUGAUGGGUACAAAUUCAUUCCACUGUUUUCUACCUCAGGCCAAAGAAAUAUUCAGCGUGUGGCGACUCACCUGCUCUAUCGUUUUUUUUUCAUAUUAAAUUACUUUAAAUUCAACAUCAACAAGUUUGUUUUAUUGAUCGUUUCAUUAUCGUUGUAUAUCGUCAGUUCAACAUCAAAAUGAGAGGAACUAUUUUUAAGAACAUCAAACCAGUCCAAAGAAAUUGAAAGACAUGACAAAAAUACAAAAAUAAAAGUCAAUUAAAAAUUUCCCAUUUGCUCUGGUGUGUUCAAGGUGUUAGCCAAUCAGCAGCCGCGUACAGAAACCCCAGGACCAGUCUGUAGGAUUUAGUGGCAUCU